CAUACGCCAAGAUGGCUAUUUACUAUAUUUUCUUCUCUGUCAUUGCAAUAUUAUAUUUCACAUAUUAUUUUUUAUUAAGAAAUAAAAACUAUUGGAAAACCAGGAAUGUUCCCUUUGUGGAUCCAUUGCCAUUUUUUGGUAACUUUAAAGAUAGUCUUUUAUUAAAGAGACAUAUGAAUCUAGUCGAGCAAGAAAUAUGCCGACAGUUUCCCAAUGAACCGUAUGUUGGGGCAUUUUAUGGCACGGAGCCGGCACUUAUUGUUCAAGACCCGAGUUUGUUAAAACUUGUUCUGUCAAAGGAAUUUUACUUCUGCAACGGAAGGGAAACUUCAGAUUAUAACGAUAGAGAACUGCUAUCUAAAAAUAUGUUCUUCGCGUAUGGAGACGAGUGGAAAGUUUUACGUACGAAUUUAACACCACUUUUUACUUCCGCAAAGUUAAAAAAUAUGUUCUAUUUGAUAAAUAACUAUGCAGACAAUUUAGAGAGGUUACUUGCUGAAGAAAUAGAAACGGAUCCAAACAUUGAAAUCAGGAACUUGUUGUCAAAAUACACAAUAGGCUGCAUUUCUUCUUGUGCUUUUGGGGUAAGUUCCGAUACGAUGAAAAAGAAUGUCAAAGACAAUCCCUUCGUAACUGUCGCUGACCAAAUAUUUGAUACUUCUGCCUUCAGAGCCUUUAAAAAUAUAGGCCGAUCAAUGUGGCCAGGAAUUUUUUACGCGCUUGGAUUCAAACUAUUGGAAGAUGAUGUUCGUAGAUUUUUUAAUGAUCUCCUUUCCGGGGUAUUCAGGAAACGUGAGGAAACUAAAUCUUCUAAGAAUGACUUCGUGGAUCUUAUCUUAAAUUGGAAAAGAGAAAAUUCAAUAACAGGUGACACCUUGAGUAACAUAGAGACUGGUGAAAAAAAGAAAGUAAGCAUUGAAGUAAAUGACGAACUUCUAAUAUCGCAAUGCGUACUUUUCUUUGCAGCCGGGUUUGAAACAACGUCUACUUCUAUAAGUUUUCUAGUCUAUGAAUUAGCAAAGAACAAGACUGUUCAAGAAAGGGUAAUACAGGAGGUUGAUGAAUAUUUUGCUCAACACAAAGAAAUUGAAUAUGAGUGUAUAAACCGGAUGCCAUUUAUCGAAUCGUGUCUAGAAGAAAGUCUACGCCUGUAUCCUGUGUUAGGUGUUAUAACUCGUGAAGUGAUUCACGAUUACACCUUGCCAACUGGUUUACGUUUCGCAAAAGGCGAUCGAAUUCAUAUUCCCAUAUAUCAUAUUCAACGUAAUCCCCUCAAUUUCCCAGAGCCGGAAGAAUUUCGUCCGGAACGAUUCUUUGGAGAAGGAAAGCAGAAAAAUAUUAAACCUUACACUUAUAUGCCGUUCGGUGAGGGACCUAGGAUAUGUAUAGGUAUGAGAUUCGCAAAAAUGCCCAUAUUUGCGGCAGUUCUAAAGAUAUUCAAGAAAUAUAGAGUCGAGCUGGCGGAGAACAUGACUGGCGAAAUGGUUAUGAACCCUAGAGCUGUCAUCACACAGACUGUUAGCGGUAUACAUGUCAAAUUUAUUCCAAGAAAAGAUAAUAAUUAAAUCAUAAUUAAAUUGAUAAGAAACUAAUUAUA